UGCUUCAUGCUCAAGUGACAUUUCAGUCGACCUAACCGAUGCCUUUCGAAGUAUGAUACUGAACAAGCGUUUCGUGUUGUGGGAUGAUUUUGAAAGCGCCUUAAAAGAGUUCCAAAAAACUACUUAUACUCGUUACAUCCACACAGAAAGCAGAUUGCUGAAGUAUGUCAGGUUCAAAUACCUGUUUCUAUCGUUUAAUUGUACGUUUGGUCGUAAGAGGAAAUCGGAAGGUUUGAAAGUGAGGCAAAAAUC